AUGUCCCAGUUGAAGGACCAGUUGGUCAUGCUACCCGAUUUGGAUGACCUCUCUCCUGAAUGUGAUAUUGAGGCCGCUGACGUCGGGGAGCCUGGUGAAAGCACGGAGGCACAGGAAAAGCAGCUGGAGUCCAUCCUGAAAAGGCACAAGAAGAUCUUCUUAGGUGAUGGGAACGCUGCCCCACCUCCGGCGAGGGGCGUCAUCUGCGAUUUAGAUGUGGGUGAUACCAGGCCAGUUGCCCAGCGACCCCGAUCGGUCGGUCCACACUUGGCAAUCAAGGUGUACGAAUUGCUGAAGAAGCUCCUGGAAGCUACGCUGAUCGAACACUCUGAAUCUCCGUGGGCAUCACCCAUUGUGAUCGUGCUCAAGAAGAACGGAGUGGACAUUCGGAUGUGCAUCGACUACCGAGUCGUGAAUAGUUUCAUUCAAUUGUCGAACUACCCAUUACCACUGAUCGACCACUCCCAACUCCCCAAGUCCAGCCGACGUUUUUACGGUAUCGUGGUCCAGAAGUACCUUCAGCAGACACUGGGAUUAUCAAAUUACAAAGCUUCUCGCCAUGCUAUCGCAGCUCUACACGGUCGUUUUGACGUAUUCGAGUACUUGGACUUAUGUUUGAUGACCGCCUGGGAGGAAAUGUGGCGCAGUCGCAUCACGUUCUUGGUCUUCUUUCCACGUGGGAUGUUUGAAGACGAGUUCUACACUGUAGUGCCAAGAGUUCACAACUUCAUGUACAAGUGGCGUCGUGAGUAUUGGGAGCGUGGUCAUUGGCUCACCAUCAGUGCUGACAUGGAUCAGUUUAUGAAAGCGGAAGAUGAACUCAUGACGUCCCAGGCGAAAAUCAAAGGCUAUUCUAAUAUCGAGAUGUUCGAGGCUGGAUUCUGGGUAGUCUCCAUGAAACCUUGCGAUUGGAUUCUACGUUAUCCUGAGGAAGGGAUUUCCUUGGAACAACAAAUGCGAGACAUUGAUCGCAUGGAGCGUGCUCGAACUCAGUGGGCUACACGCACUUCAGAUGACUGCUAUCUGGAUAUUGCACCACAGAAGAUACGCCACCGUCAUAUCAAACACCAGAAGUUACUUCUUCCUCUGCCGACUAUUGCUGGUAGUCUUUGA